AUGCUAAAGACAAAAAUUAUGGCUCCUAUUAUUAAGCACUACGAUUAUUUAGUUAUUGGUGGUGGUUCAGGUGGUGUUGCCUCCGCUAGAAGAGCUGCCUCAUAUGGUGCUAAGACUUUAUUGAUUGAAGGAAAAGCAAUGGGUGGUACUUGUGUCAAUGUCGGCUGUGUUCCAAAAAAAAUUAUGUGGUAUGCUUCAGAUUUAGCUAAUAGAGUACAACAAGCUAAUGAAUAUGGUUUAUAUCAGGAUUUUGAUUUGUCAAAGAAGAAUUUAACUUUCAAUUGGCCUCAAUUUAAGGAGAAAAGAGAUGCUUAUGUUCAUAGAUUGAAUGGUAUUUAUGAAAAAAAUCUAACUAAAGAAGGUGUUGAAUAUAUAUACGGUUGGGCUAAGUUUAAUAAAGACGGUAACGUUGAAGUUAAAGAAAGAGAUAGUGAUAAGACUUCAAUUUAUUCUGCCUCUCAUAUCUUAAUUGCUACCGGUGGUCAAGCUGUACACCCAAAUAAUAUUCCAGGUUAUGAAUUCGGUACUGUUUCAGAUGGGUUCUUUAGAUUAAAUAAACAACCAAAGAAUGUAGUCAUUGUUGGUGCAGGUUAUAUUGGUAUAGAAUUAACUGGUGUUUUCCAUGGUUUAGGUUCAAAUGCUCAUUUAGUCAUCAGAGGUGAAACUGUACUAAGAAAAUUCGAUGAAUCUAUUCAACAUACUGUAACUGACCAUUAUGUCGAUUCUGGAAUUAAUGUGCAUAAAUUAUCUAAAGUUCAAAAAGUUGAAAAGAAUUCAACUACUGGUAAAUUGACUGUGUAUUUGGAUCAUGAUGGUGAAAUCAUUGAAGAUGUCGAUGAAUUGAUUUGGACUGUCGGACGUAAAUCUUUAUUAGGAAUUGGUACCGAUGAAGUCGGUAUUAAAUUGAAUGACCAUGGUCAAGUUAUUGUAGAUGAAUAUCAAAACACAAACAUUCCAAACAUUUAUUCUCUAGGUGAUGUUGUUGGUAAUGUCGAAUUGACUCCAGUAGCAAUUGCAGCAGGUAGAAAGUUAUCCAAUAGACUGUUUGGUCCAGAAGAAUUUAAGAAUGAUAAACUAGAUUAUGAAAAUGUUCCAAGUGUAGUCUUUUCUCACCCUGAAGCAGGUUCCAUCGGUCUAUCUGAGGAUGCUGCCGUUAAGAAAUAUGGUGCUGGGAACUUGAAGAUAUACAAUACAAAAUUCACUGCUAUGUAUUACUCUAUGUUGACUGAAAAGUCUCCAACUAGAUAUAAGUUGAUCUGUGCUGGUCCUGAAGAGAAGGUUGUAGGUCUACAUUUAGUUGGUGAUUCUUCUGCUGAAAUGUUACAAGGGUUUGGUGUUGCAAUUAAAAUGGGUGCUACUAAAAAGGAUUUCGACAAUUGUGUCGCCAUUCACCCAACAAGUGCUGAAGAAUUAGUUACCUUGAGGUAG